AGUUUGACGGUUUGGUACUUUUUCAGACAAGAACUCUGUUCUGGCUCCUUGUCGAUUGUUUUAUUCCUCGCCGAAAAGCCAGCAUUAGGGUUUCGAAUCAUGGCCACUUGUACGAUGACGGUGACGGAGUACUUUUGCCCUCCCAAGAAGCGAAGGCUGGACAAAGCCUCGGGAGAAUCGAAAUCCUCAGCGACUGGUCCAAAUCUCCGGCCUUUCAACCCCGACGACGAUGAGUGCAUUCGACAGUACAUCUUGUACUAUUACCAGUUUCAAAAGAGCGAGGGUUUCGAUAUUGAUUGGGAUAAGCUGGACUAUCGGUUUGCCACGAUGCCUAUAAUAGACGCAUAUCCUGCCGGUUAUACCAUGACCAACGAUGAAAUAAUCAGUGAAGUGACUUGUCUUGCCAUAGCCCAACGCAAUGCAGAGAAGGGAACUAGGCUUGUUUUCCUCGAUCACGUCUCAGCAAGUUACAGGUGCUGUGCUGGUUGUCUUUACUAUAUUACAUUCUGGGCUAUGGAUUUGGCUUCAUCCAGGCCUGAGCCAAAGCUUUAUCAAACAAAAUGUCGCCAGUGUGGACCCACGUUUUGUGAGAUUUAUAUCUUUAGGCUUAAACCAACUGAUGAAGAGAUUGCUGCUGUUCAGGUGGAUCCUCCUCCUCCAUUGAAUGAAAAUGACCCAGAAGCAGCCACCAUAUCGUUCACUAUAACGGGUCCAGGGUCUGGGUUCAUACCCAACGUUGUCUUCACUCGGACUCCUGCUCAAGUAUCUGUCCCGUCGGCAAAAUCAUCCUCACCGUGUGAAAGCCAAAGCCAAGACAUUGAUUCGCAAUACCAGAUUUAGUGUACGCUUAUAAUCAAACAUAGGGGGAUUUUGCUAGAAAUGUGCAUUAUAGUCAGAAGUAACAAACUCAACUUAAGUGAAGCGACAACGACAAGAGACCAACGCGAGUAAUGGACGCGUGUCAGAACAAGAACUUUGAUUGCAUAACCAGGUUCUAUGUAAUAUUGACAUGUGUGUUUGCUACUAUCCAGACGUAAAAGAGCAUGACCAAGAUUUCGGAGCAACGUACGUGCCUACAUGACCAUAUUACUUAUGCAAAAUAGGCUAUACGUACGAAUGUAAGUGACUAAGUGUGUAUACAAACAGAGAAUUAACAGAUGCUACAUUCUUUGUUCUUCUACUUUAAGCAAAGAA